AAACAUUUUCGAGCCAUUCUCUACAGAAGACCUCCUUUUGUUCCUUGUAUGUUCUUGAUUCCAUUCAAACAUUUUCGACAAUAUUUGGUCACGAUUCACACCAAUGGAGAAACUCAACCUUUGCCUUCUGAUUCUUGUCCUAUCGAUAUUCUCCGUGAAGUGUGCAGCGGAGAGUAGUACUAGUCUUUUACAUCCUCGUACUAAGACUUUUGUAGAGUUACAGUGCAGGCGAACUCGUUAUCCAAAACUAUGCGUAACUUCUCUAGCCAACCAUGUAAAUUCUACUUCACAAGAUCCUCAGGAAAUAGCUCAAGUUGCUUUGAAGGUAAGUUUAGUUAGGGCUGUAUACACAAAAUACUACCUCAUGAAGGUAUGCAAAGAACUUAAUCAAACCAAAGCUAAGGAUAAUCAAGGAGUGUACGAUUGUUUCGAACAAAUCUCCAAUGGCGUUUCCCAGCUUACAAAUUCUGUUAAAGAGCUUCAACAUUUGAGUUUAGAUGGUGAAAGAGCAUUUGUAUGGCAUCAAAGUAAUGUUCAAACUUGGCUUAGUACAGUUUUGACUGAUGCAUUCAAUUGCUUGGAUGGGAUUAAUUCUGGGUAUUUAAUGGGUGGUAAAGUGAGGGCUACUAUUAAAGCUAAGGUUCUUAAUGUUGCACAAGUUACAAGCAAUGCUUUGGCUUUGUUUAAUGGGUUUGCAGAUAGGCAUAAGGCUUCUCAUCAUGAUGGCUAUGGCAAAAACAAACCCUAAAAUACGUGCAACUGGCCCGGACAACACAGUUAACAAGCAGGCUCGGACACCACUGUUAUUACAAGUAAAAUGGGAUGUUGAAUUUGUGUUUUGGCUUCCUUUAGUUCUUUUUGUUAUGUAUGUCACUACAUAUGUAACUUCACUUUCCUUUCUUUCCCUUUUUUGUUUUUUGGGUGCAAACGGGAAUAAUAUAACUUCACUAAAUCUGUGAAUAUAUAUUUUUGUACUUACUUUAUAUAUAUAAAAGGA